AUGGCCAAUUUCCAGAUAACUCCCCGCGCCGCGUUCGUGGAGAGCAAUGAGCUCAACUUCCGCAGCCUGUACCUUUUCCACACUCCCCUUGGUUCAAACCAGAAUCAGUCAGGCAUAGUAGACUCGAAUGUUACUACCGGUUUGGGUGCGACCGUCGUUAACAACUGGCCGAUAUGUGAUGGCCCUAGCCCCGGCGCCACCGUUGUUGCGCGUGCACAAGGCCUGCAUAUCUAUGCCGGUAACUGGCAGAAUACUUUCAGCAUAACAUUCGAGGUUGAAAGGUUUAAGGGAUCAACGCUUCAAGUGAUGGGGAUAUCCGUUGAAGAAGGUGAGUGGGCUAUUGUUGGUGGGACAGGACAGUUCGCUAUGACGACCGGUGUCAUCUACAAAAAGUUCCAUGAGCAAAGGAGCGACGGUAACAUCAUAGAGCUCACUGUCCAUGGAUUUUGUCCCAUGCUUAAAGGUUCACAGAGCCGUCCCACAAAGGUUGGACCAUGGGGUGGAAAUGGAGGCUCAGAUAAAGACAUCGUCGAGGCACAGAAGCGUCCGUACUCGGCACUUCUGAGUUUGUGA